AUGGGUGGAGCCCCAGAACCUAAAGCAGGUGACAAAGCAUCACUAGCAGAAGGAUGUGUGGUGAGAUCUAAGUAUGAAACACAAUGGGUGUGGUCAGAUACCCAGGUCAGUGGCUGGGUCUUCUCCAACCGCAGUCAAACUAUAUUCACUCUGCUUGUUCAACUGGGCGACGAGGGUUAUCCCAGAAAUUACGACAACAUUACCUUGACUACAAGAAAUGUAGAACUUGUCCGCGUCAAAGAUUUUGUUAAAAGCACCAAAAUAAUUCCAGUCCCCAAAAUCUUAAGCGAUGGGUGGCAGGAGUUUGUUUUCAAAGUGACGUCGAUGUAUGAGAUAUACUCGGCCAGUUUGAAUAUUUCUCUCCCAGUCUACUUCACUUCUAACUUACCCAUCAAAUCUAUUGAGUUUACUGGAAGCAAUCUUACUUUCAACUGCAUAAAAAAGAUGCGAGUGUGGGAAGUAGAUAUACAGCCAGUGAUUAUACCACUAGACAGCUCACAACAACACUGGCUUAGCAUUUAUGCUGUCGGUGAGGUGUCUCCCAGCCUUACGCUAGGUGAGAGGAAAAUUCGGCUGGGCUGGGAGAACAAUGGUUUGACAACUCUGGGUGGACCCUCAUCUCCUCUUCCUGCAUUUACUCAACAUUAUAUUACCUUAUCUUGUCGUGCUGACAACGGCGUCUACUGUGUCAUUAAGUUAGGAGAAACAGGAUCGUCUCAGGAGAUUCUCAAGCAGAGGCAGUUUCCGCGAAGUCUGCUGGUGGAGAGGCUCUCGGGUGACAAAUUCUUCCUUCUGCUUCACCAGGAAGACCCACUUUCUGCCUCUUCCCAAAAUGCUACAUCUUGCCCAGGCCUGUGCGACCCUUCACAAGUCCAUACAGGGGCAGCAGCAGCGAGCACUGCCGCAGUCAUACUUGCAGUACUGCUAGCAGUAGCACUCAUGGCCAUAUUCAUAGUGUACCGGAACCGUUUAUGGAAAACUUCCGGUGCUGCCCCAGAAAGAGACAUGGAAAAUGCGGAAGAGAAAACGCCUCUUGUGGAAAAAAUUAACAGUAAUGAUAUAUCUUCCAGAGACAAUACGAGAGUCGUGGAUCACUCAGAGAGGUCGCGGCUGUACAGUGCGGUUGUGGAGGGCAACGCCAGUAAGGUGCAGCAACUACUUGAUGAUGGAGCUGAGCUGAUAGAUCUAAAUACGUACGUGGAGGCUCACAUUCUGGGCUCCCAGCAAGUAGUUGAUGUGAUGUCGUCCAGGAGGUUGCCGUCCAUCUCUAGAGAAGAGUUAAUCACAUUGGUUUUGGAGGAGUAUGAGCGCCGUGUCGAAGAAGUGAUGGAUGUGGCGAAGCUAGGCUUGUGCAGAGGAGCCUCGGGCGUGGAAGCCCUCCUGCACAGGUACCAGCUACCUGCCACAGUGAGGGACCAGCAGGGCUGCAGCAUCCUUCACUACAUCGCUUCCUCCAAGGACGACAACAAGCAACCUCUCUGGGCAGCUGAUGAUGUUAUUUACUUCCUCAAUAACUACAAGUGCUUACUCAAUGCUCGUGACUACGCCGGUUGCACAUGCCUGCAUCUGUUGGCGAAGGCGGCAUCCAGCAGUGACCUGAAGAUUAUCUGGGGAAAACGAGAGGUUGGUGUGUCUGAUGCCUGGGUCGAGAUGGCAGAGUUGCUGGUCACACAAGGCGCUGACCCAACAUUUGUGGACAACAAGGGUCACUUGCCUCAAUAUAUUGCCAAGAAGAUGGGUAAUAUCAAGUUGUUAAUCUAUUUAGCUGAGGUGUGUAAUCACUGUGAAAAUAAUAAAGUGGAACAAAAAUUUGACGACUUGGUAAAAGCCGCCAGAACAAGUAAGCUGGAGAGACUAAUGUCACUGCUGAACAAGAACACUCCACUGCUCCCGAUGGGGGCGACCUGUGAUCCUCUAGUGGAGGCUAUCAAGUAUAGUUCCCUUGGGAGUGUGCAGUUGCUGCUUAGUGCAGGGGCGCCUCUGUGCGGACUUUCCCUCAUCUCCAUCACCGCCCUGGAAGCCUCUCACGGACGCUCACGCCUCCCGGCUAUCUUUCCUGCCAUCAUGAGAAAGGAGUAUGCCAGUAAGCUGUGUUGGGAGGCCAUGAAAAUUCACGAGAGAGAAAACACAGACUUGUGUAAGGCAGUGAAGAGGCUUGCUGCUGAGGUGAGAAAAAAUGGACCCAAGUUUUCAUGGGAAUUCAUAGACGAAAAGCAGAAUGGAAAUGGUGCUAAAAUGCGUAGUAAGAGAGCCAGAAGCUUUCUGUGCACAGCAGCAUCACUUGGAAUGUCUCUUACGUGCCAGAUGCUGGGUCUUGAAGACUUCCACCUUCAUCCCCUACCAUCAGAGAAUCAUCCUGUGGAACUUUCACUAGAAAGACAACAGUUUGAAACUUUAUACACAUUACUUAGAGAUCUUCACAUGCCUCUAGUUUCCCUUAUGAAAAAUGAAGACCUUCCUCAAACUCUUUGUCAAGAAGUUGAACUGGCUGAACUGGAGCAAUUAAAAGUGUUAUUGAAAAGGUACACUAAUAAUAAUAAGUUUUCGGACUUAAUGAAGCAAGUUGAAGCUGCUUACCGUGGUCAGGAGGUCACUUUGGAAAACACUAUUUUGAUUGCUAUAUCUCGCCUAGGGUUAGUAUCGCUAUUUUUCAAAUUAUCUAACAAAAUAAAUGAUGUUAAUGUCAAUAGCAUUGUCGAUGAACUUACAGGAACUAAGAUGCUACAUGUGGCUGCUCUCUACGGCCGUCUGGGCAUGAUUGAAUAUCUGCUGUAUAAUGGAGCCGACAUACAGGCAGAAGAUAAAAGAGGACUAACGGCGGCACAUCUAGCUGCUGUUAAAGGUAAUAAAGAAUGCCUGGAGUACCUGCAUGACUACAUGACUAAAAAGGGGAUAAGGUCAAAAAUUCCUUCGGACAAACAUCCAACAGCUGAGCAGCUACUCAGCGGUUACGAAAACUAUGUAAAAGAUUUUAAUUUGGUACUCCUGCCUGAAGAAUAUAGACAAGAAAUUCUGAGUGAACCUCUCUUUGCUACUAAAGCAAGACUAGUACUGAAGAAAAAGGAAUCAGAGCUAAAAAUCUCAGAUCUUGAGUCGCUGCGAAAAUAUGCUUGCAAGUGGAACAUGGAAAAAGGUGAAAGCAGAAUGCAUAUGCUUCAAGAAGAGAUAGGGCGCUUCUUGCAAGAAGUUGGAAAAGCUAAUUCUCUUUUAAAGGAUUUUUUUUUACUUACCCCAGAAAGCCAAGAAACGUGA